AUAUAUAUUUAUAUACAUAUACAUCAUGUCGCUCACGCUGUGGAAUUCGAGAUUCUCUGUAACGCUGGUACGCCAGCAUGCUACGAUUUUAAUGUCAAGUACUACAAAAUCAAGUGCUGCAAAUAGCUCACACUACAUGAUCAAUAUUUUUCAACCACAACAACGACGAAAUCAAACAACAAUAAUGGACAAAAGUCGACGCACUUCGCAACAGUCUGGACGCAAUCAGGGCAAAGCUUUGCAGACCGGCCGCAACUCGCUCGAUAGCUCGACCAGCGACACCGGGGUAAAUGUGCCGCCCUUUAACCAUCCGCACUGCGAUCGGCAGGCCAUGUACCAACAGCCCGUGCGCAAGGUCAAACCACUACGAGGAAACUACGAUUACGAUCUGGUUGUUAUUGGAGGCGGCUCUGGUGGCCUGUCCUGUGCCAAGGAGGCUGUGGCACAUGGCGCACGCGUCGCCUGCCUGGACUUCGUGAAGCCAACUCCCCUGGGCACCAAGUGGGGCGUCGGCGGCACCUGUGUCAACGUCGGCUGCAUACCAAAGAAGCUCAUGCAUCAGGCAGCGCUCCUCGGCGAAGCUGUGCACGAGGCAGCCGCCUAUGGCUGGAAUGUCGACGACAAAAUCAAGCCCGAUUGGAACAAGCUCGUCACCGCGGUGCAGAAUCACAUCAAGUCCGUCAACUGGGUGACUCGCGUCGAUCUGCGCGACAAAAAAGUCGAGUACAUCAAUGGACUCGGCACCUUUGUGGACUCGCACACGAUUUCUGCCAAGCUGAAGAGCGGCGAGCGUACCAUUACAGCCCAGACCUUCGUGAUUGCCGUCGGCGGCCGUCCCCGUUAUCCGGAUAUACCUGGAGCGGUUGAGUAUGGCAUCACCAGCGAUGACCUGUUCAGCCUGGACCAUGAGCCUGGCAAGACCCUGGUCGUCGGCGCUGGCUAUAUUGGCUUGGAGUGCGCCGGCUUCCUCAAGGGACUCGGCUACGAGCCCACUGUGAUGGUGCGCUCGAUUGUGCUGCGCGGCUUCGAUCAGCAGAUGGCCAAUCUGGUGGCCGCCGCUAUGGAGGAGCGCGGCAUUCCAUUCUUGCGCAAAACAGUGCCGUUGUCUGUCGAGAAGCAGUCCGACGGCCGCUUGCUGGUCAAGUACGAGAACACGGAGACCGGCGAGGUGGAGAGCGACGUCUUCGACACAGUCCUGUGGGCCAUUGGCCGCAAGGGACUGGUCGAGGACCUGAAUCUGGACAAUGCCGGCGUAUUGACCCACAAGGACAAGAUCCAGGUGGACUGCGAGGAGACCACCAAUGUGCCGCACAUCUAUGCUGUCGGUGACAUUAUCUAUGGCAAGCCGGAGCUAACUCCCGUCGCCGUCCUAGCCGGCCGCCUGCUCGCCCGCCGCCUCUAUGCCGACUCUGAGCUGCGAAUGGACUACGCUGAUGUGGCCACCACUGUGUUCACUCCGCUGGAGUAUGCUUGCGUCGGCCUCAGCGAGGAGGAUGCCAUUAAGUUGUACGGCGCUGAGGAGAUCGAGGUGUUCCACGGCUACUACAAGCCCACGGAGUUCUUCAUACCGCAGAAGAGCGUGCGCUAUUGCUACGUGAAGGCUGUGGCCCAGCGCAGCGACGAGCAGCGCGUCUAUGGACUGCACUACUUGGGACCGGUGGCCGGUGAGGUCAUCCAGGGCUUUGCCGCCGCCCUCAAGUCAGGCCUGACCAUCCCCACGCUGAUGAACACCGUGGGCAUUCAUCCGACCACCGCGGAGGAGUUCACACGUCUGAGCAUCACCAAGCGCUCCGGUCUGGAUCCCACGCCCGCCAGCUGCUGCAGCUAAACGGAGGGCCUCGUUCCAUAAGAUUGUAUUUCUCCACCCACACCCCCCCACACGCCUGCACACCCACACUUGCACACGCCCACGUACACGUACACCCCGACAUAGCAAAGCACGCCCCAACACACACUCGCUUCUGGUUAGGCCGAGGAGAUGCCGUGAUAUGACCAACGAAUUUGAGAGUUGUUACUGCUUAGCGAUAAAGGUUCAAGUUUUAAUUUAGUUUCGAUAGUAGCAUGCACGCAUACAUGCACACACACGUACACACACAAGCACACACACACAUCACUCACAACACUCACAACACUCACACACACACACACAAUAGCUCAGCCGACUAUCAGGAAGGCGGGUAGGACUAGGGGCAGGACUUUCGGCUUCAGUAGAACUGAGCGCAGCAUCCGCCCCCUUUCUCCUGCCGCCGCAGCGGCCCCCGUGCGGUGUGCACUCAAAAUUACGAAAUUAUGUUAAAUGAAGAUGAUUAAAUAUUAAUAAAUAAAUCUGUAUUUUUACGGUACAAAAAUAUGAUCAAUAGAAGUUUUUUACCCACAUACAAGA